ACACCCGGAAGCGAAGAGUAGAAAGUGGGAGUCGCAGUGGUCGGUUCUUCCCGGUUGCUGAUACUUGCUAGUUUUCCCCGGUUCUACUUGCUUCUGCUGCCCAAUGCAUCCGCGGCGCCCCGAGGGCUUCGACGGGCUGGGUUACCGGAGCGCCCGAGAGGAGCCCGGAGGCUUCGCGGCCAAGCCGGACCUAGGCCAUUGGGUCACUACCCCGCCUGACAUUCCUGGCAGCCGCAAUCUCCACUGGGGUGAAAAGACGCCGCAGUUCGCCGCAGGCACACCUUUGGUGGCGUCUGGUCUCAACGAGGACCCGUACUUAGGAGGCGCUGGCACCAACUCCGAACAAUUGAAUCGGUUUGCAGGCUUUGGGAUUGGCUUGGCAAGUUUAUUCACAGAAAAUGUGCUGGCUCAUCCUUGCAUCGUUUUGCGUCGGCAAUGCCAGGUUAAUUAUCAUGCCAAGAAUUAUCACCUAACUCCAUUUACAAUCAUCAACAUUAUGUAUAGCAUCAAUAAAGCCCAGGGCCCCAGAGCUCUUUGGAAAGGAAUGGGGAGCACUUUCAUUGUUCAGGGCAUAGCCCUUGGAGCAGAAGGCAUCAUCAGUGAAUUCACACCCUUGCCAAGAGAAAUUUCAUACAAAUGGAAUCCCAGGCAAAUAGGAGGGCAUCUUACGCUGAAAGGGUUGACUUGUGUGAUAGCAAUGCCUUUUUACUCAGCAAGUCUGAUUGAAACUGUGCAAAGUGAAAUCAUUCGGGAUAAUCCUGGAAUUUUGGAUUGCCUGAAAGAGGGCAUAGGCAGAGCAAUGGGCUUUGGAGUGCCCCAUAGCAAGCGGCUACUCCCUCUGUUGGCAUUGACCUUUCCAACAGUUCUGCAUGGAGUUCUUCAUUACAUAAUCAGCUCUACAGUACAGAAACUGGUCCUCUUCUUCCUAAAGAAAGAGAAUUCCCCAAGCUUUCCAGCUGAGAACUCUAAUUCUGUACAAAGCAUGUUGGAUGCUUAUUUUCCCGAACUUAUUGCUAGCUUUGCUGCCAGCCUUUGUGCAGAUGUUAUGCUUUAUCCACUGGAGACAGUUUUGCAUCGCCUUCAUAUUCAAGGGACACGCACCAUCAUUGACAAUACGGACCUUGGAUACGAAGUUCUCCCUAUCAAUACACAGUAUGAAGGAAUGAGAGACUGUAUCAAUAGCAUAAAACGUGAAGAAGGAAUAUCGGGGUUUUACAAAGGGUUUGGGGCUGUAAUGAUACAGUACACAUUGCAUGUAGCUGUAUUACAGCUUACUAAACUUCUUUACUCCACACUGCUUCAGAACAUUUCUUAAAAGCUGAUGGAUACGGCCAUUUAAUAGGCUACAUUUUCAGAAAACAGGUACAAUAGUGAAAUCUGAAAGAUUAAAAUAUAUAGUAAUGGUUCCUUCAUAAAUAAAGACAGGGGAACAUACAUCCUUUAAACAGGCUAUUGUAAGAGGAAAUGGGAAUGUGUAGGUCAACGCAAGGCUUUUAAAAUAUUGAAAUGUAAAUAAAAUAUUAGAAGGCAUUUUAUAAACCUGUGCAGAGUAUGAUUUUCAGAGUGAUGAUAGAUGGUAGAUACAAUUCCACUAGCAAUUUCUCCUGCAUAACUAUUAGAAAUAAACAAUAGCUAUAUAAAAAUAAGCUGUGUUAUUUUUAAAGCCUUGUCUCUUCUUAGAGAGACCUGCACUGAAGAUUGUUAAUAUGCAGUUAAUUUGGCAGACUUGGAAUAAACUCAGAAACCUAUGAACUUUGUCAAUUUUGUUGAAGGACUUUUCACAUAAUUGCUGAAAACAAUAUUGCUAAUAUCAAUAAUAUGAAUGUAAACAGCAUUUUCCCACACUGACUCUUGUUGUUUUACAGGUUACUUUUUCCCUCACAUUUUGUUGAUAAAACAGUAUGUGGUGCCCCCAAAAAACCAAAAUCCAAAACUGUUCUAUUACUUGCAUAAAAGAAAAAUGUCAUGUAGUUGAAGUUGUUCUACUUGACUCCUGAGAAGAAUAUUGGUUAUAGUGGCACUACUAAAACUGUUAUAGAGUAUUAGAAUUCUGCCUCACCACAAUAUGAGAUCUCAAGAGACUGUCGUAAGUAGACAUUAGUCAGUUUCCUACUAAGAUAUCUCCCUAAGACAGCAUCAAAAUACUUUCCAAUGCAAAAGGUUGCUUUCAGUAUUGCUGAUAGUUUUCCAAGAAUUGAAUUGAAAUUCAUCUCAAAAAUCUGGCUGAAUUUGGUGGUCUUUAUAUUUCCCAACCAUAGCCUAUGUUGUAAUUUUAGCUAUUUAAACCCUUACUUGUUUUUCGGGAAUAGCUGGGUGUAGAGCAGAAUUCUCUUACCCACCAGUAUAAUAUGCAACACUGGACUACAGUCCAUAGUACAUUGCUUUUAUGAGGCAAUUUUGUUUCAAAAAACCUACUUCCAUUAGAUGUCUAUUUGCUUCUGUGUCCAGGCUUGAUCUAUUGGAAAAUGUUGCAGGAUGUAUUUCAAAGUGCAUUUGCAUGCUUUCAAAAAGCCUUUGGAAAAGUUCCUGUCUCUUUCAGCAAUCAGUGUGUUUUAAAAGACUACCUAUAUAUGAAUCUAGAAAACUAAUAUUUCAAUUCAGAAUUUAUGUACAAAAUUCUUACUUAUGGGGUACAUCUGCUAAAUGCACUCAUUAAUUAUGAAGCACAUCAAAUUGCCUUUGAAAAGAAAUUGCAGAGGAAGAGGUUAAGCUUGUUAAUUAAUUGUUGUAGUUAUAAAAGAUUUGGUGUGAGAAUUGAAGAUACCAGGCGACUUCUGUUGUAUCUGGACUGUUUUGCCAAAAUAAAAUAAAUGUUCUAAAGAAAUGAAUUGAGAAGAGGGUAAUAGAGACACAUUUCAGCUUUUCAGUGUAUCUCAGAUGUAAUCUUUUCAUAAUGCUUCUACUAGGUUGAAUGCUUGAGUCCUAAAGGAAUUGUGCACUUUGUAAGUUCUAAUAAAGCUAUAAAAUGUUGUGCUGUGAUGAAUUGCUGGGUCCCUCAAUUUACAGAAUUUAUUUCUCAGAAUCUCUGGAGAAAAAUUAAAUAAAAAUUGAUGUAAAUUUUGUUUGA